AUGGCGAGCAAGGGCAAGUCGCGCUGGGCCGACACCGCCGAGGAUGCGGCGCUAGACGCCAAGCUGAAGAAGGAGAAGGAAGAGAAGAAGCGCCUCAGGGCCGAGAAGGCGCGCAAAGAGGCAGAGAGGCAGGCAGAGCUCGCCGCCGCCGCCGCAGCAGCCGCGGACAACGACGCAGACGGACCGCCAGCCAAGCGGCGCCGACUGACCCCCGAGAGAAGGGGCGACGGAGCCGAUGCAGACGACGACGACAACGACGGCGGCAGCAGCGCAAAGCUUCUGAGGUUUACGGGCGGCAGCUGGGGCAAGGCGCGCAGCGUGGAGAACUACGACAAGCUCAACGACAUCGAGGAGGGAGCGUACGGGUGGGUGGCGCGGGCAAAGGAGCUCGCGACGGGCAAGGUGGUGGCGCUGAAGAGGUUGAAGAUCGAGCCCAAGGACCGCGGGGGCCUGCCCGUCACGGGACUGCGCGAGAUACAGAUCCUCAAGGACUGCGACCACAGGAAUAUCGUGAGGCUGCAGGAGGUCGUGGUGGGGGAUGACACGAGAAAGAUAGAAAAGUACGGAUUCAUUCCCCCGUUUCCACAGACACACACACACAUAUACGGCAUCUUCCUCGUCCUCGACUUCAUCGAGCACGACCUCAAGUCCAUCCUCGAGGACAUGCCGCAGCCCUUCCUGGCCUCCGAGGUCAAGACGCUGCUGCGCCAGCUCGCCUCGGGGCUCGCCUACCUGCACGACCGCUGGGUCCUGCACCGCGACAUCAAGACCUCGAACCUGCUGCUCAGCAACCGGGGACAGCUCAAGAUCGCCGACUUCGGCAUGGCCCGCUACGUCGGCAGCCCGCCGCCGCGGGACCUGACGCAGCUCGUCGUGACGCUGUGGUACCGCGCGCCCGAGCUCCUCCUCGGCGCGCCGGCCUACACGGCCGCCGUCGACAUGUGGUCCGCCGGCUGCGUCUUCGGCGAGCUGCUCACGCGCGAGCCCCUGCUGCAGGGCAAGAACGAGGUCGACGAGCUGGCCCGCGUCUUCGACCUCUGCGGCCUGCCGACCGAGGACUCGUGGCCCGGCUUCCGCCGCCUGCCCAACGCGCGCAGCCUGCGCCUGCCGCCGCCUGCCGCCGCCGGCGCUCAGGCGGGGGCGACGACGGCGGCGCUGGUCCGCGCCAGGUUCCCGCUGCUGACGGCCGCCGGCAGCGCCCUGCUCGCCGGCCUGCUGUCGCUGGACCCGGCGCGGCGGCCGACGGCCCGCGAGAUGCUGGCGCACGAGUACUUCUCGCAGGACCCCAAGCCCAAGCAGGAGGCCAUGUUCCCCACCUUCCCGAGCAAGGCGGGCCAGGAGCGCCGGCGCCGGCGCGAGACGCCCAACGCGCCGGGCCGGGGCGACGCCGUCAACUUUGGGGCGGCCGACUUUAGUAGCAUAUUCGGAGGCCGGGAGAAGGAGGAGCGAGGCGGCGGGUUCUCGCUCAGGAUGGUCUAA